AUGGCAUCAGAAAACACAGCCCCGACAGACGAAUCCCAGAAUCCUUCGAGUUCUUUCUACCUGCAUCCUGGUGAAAACUCAGGAGCAACGUUGGUCAAUAUUCAGCUUGAUGAGGCUAAUUACCAUGCUUGGAGUCGCGCCAUGAAACGUGCCCUGAUCUCCAAGAAUAAACACAAAUUCCUUGACGGUAGUGUCAAAACUCCAACCCAUGGAACCAUCCUCCAUGAUGUCUGGGAAAGAUAUUUAUGGGAUGAUUUGCGCGAACGAUUUUCCAAGGGAGACCACUUCAGGAUCUCUGAUCUUCUUCAAGAACUACAUUCAACCAAACAGGGAGAAAGAUCUGUCACAGAUUUUUUCACGAAUCUCAAGGCGUUGUGGGAAGAACUUGAGUCUCUCAGACCAACACCAAGCUGCACUUGUAAGGUUAAGUGUGAAUGUGACUUCAUCAAAACUGUUAUCAAGCACAAAGAAUUCAAGUACAUCAUGUGUUUUCUAAAAGGGCUAAAUGACGUCUAUGGUACUGUGAAGACACAAAUUCUGCUAAUAGAGCCAUUGCCAGGUAUAAACCGUGUCUUCUCUCUUGUUAUGCAACAAGAACGACAACUAAUUGGGAACACCAUAGAAAGCAGUAAGAUCUUGGUGGCUGCAGCGAACACUGAGGAUCAAAGAAAUUCCAAGAAUCAUGUGAAUUGGAAGGGACAAGGACAAGGACGAGGCAAAAACAGGAGUCAGAAUAAUGGCAAACAAUGCAGCUAUUGCCACAAACUAUACCACACCAUAGAUGAGUGUUAUGCUAAGCACGGUUAUCCCCCUUGGUACAAGACCAAAGGUGAAAAGGUGGUUAACAACACUAUUGUUGAAAAAGACGAAACUGUGAUUAAACAACAUGAUCAACGACCAAGCAAGGAAAGUAGUAUUUUCUCAGAUGAACAAAUGCUUCAGAUAUGA